AUGAACAUAACAAAUGACAACUUAGCCAACUCCGCCACCUGGCAAGACACCAGCGGUGAUUUCCCCAACUGCACUGAUGUGGAAUUUGACCUGAAGAUUUGGUACCUCCCCAUUAUGUAUAGCAUCAUCUUCCUGGUGGGCCUCCCUGGAAAUGUCAUUGCGAUUUGUGUUUACAGCUUCAAGACGAGGCCUUGGAAGAGCAGCACCAUAAUCAUGCUGAACCUGGCACUCACAGACCUGCUCUACCUCACCAGCCUUCCCUUCCUGAUACACUACUAUGCCAGUGGGGAGCACUGGAUCUUUGGAGACUUCAUGUGCAAAUUCAUCCACUUCGGCUUCCACUUCAACUUGUACAGCAGCAUCCUCUUCCUCGCUUGCUUCAGCGCCUUCCGCUCCAUGGUGAUUGUCCACCCUAUGAAGUUCUUUCACAUCCAGAGGAAGUGGUGGACAGCUGUGUCUUGCGCAGCCAUUUGGGUGAUCUCACUGGCAGCUGUCAGCCCCAUCAACUUCCCCAUCUCCUCAAAAGAGGCACAAAACAGAUCCUUAUGUCUUGAACUCACCAGCUCUGAAAACCUGGCCACGAUCAGGUGGUAUAACUGGCUGCUGACCGGCCUGGCCUUCUUCUUGCCCUUGCUGACCCUCACUCUGCUCAUUAUUUACACCUUGGCUACCGGGCCCCAUAUGCGGGCUUGCUACAAACAAAAGGCUCGCAGACUCGCCGUCGUCCUCUUGGUCGUCUUCUAUGUAUGCUUCCUCCCCUUCCAUGUCUUUUGGGUAGCUCAUGUUGAACUACGUUUGUGUCCAGUGAGCUGUCACGUGGAGAAGCAAAUCCACUCAGCCUAUAUCAUCUCUCGGCCACUGGCUGCACUCAACACGUGUGGCAACCUACUACUUUAUGUCGUGAUCGGAGGUAACUUCCAUCAGGCCAUGCUCUCUCUUUCGAGGUGUAAGUGGAACAGAUACGUCCAGCAGCCCAGGAGCAACAAUUACGCGACCAAGUCAGAAACUGCAUUAAAGUUAUGA